UCCAAGCGACUUGGAUAUAGAUAUAGUCGCUCCGCCGUGAGAUAAUCGCGGUUAGUCGGGGAGAAUCGAGGGAAUUGCGAUCUUGGAAGCAGUUGCAUCGACUAUACACGGAGCGUGAAAUACUAAAUAAAAAACGACGAACGACAAAAUAAAGCAACAAAUUCGUAAACAAUCAAAGUAACGGCGAUUUGUGCGAGUAGCGAUCACCAGUCAUGCUGUAGCCACAAAGACAGGAUGCUUCUGAAGUGACUCGAAUAUGGACCUUGAUUUUUUGGAACAGCUCUCUCCCCAAGAUCUGGAUGACUUAAAUAGCGAUGGCAUAGACAAUCUGGAUCUGUUGAUGGAAGGAGCCCUCGGCGACAGCAUCCAAUUGGGCCACAAUGGCCACCUGUCUGGCGGGGGAGGAGUCCACUCCCACAUGGAGUCGCCGCACACGCCGCCGAUGAAUGGCCUGGACUCCCAGUUAAGUGGCUGCGGGCGCAUGGGCAGCACACCGCUGGCGACGCAGACUCAGACCCACGUGCAUCCGCAGCUGCCGGAGAGUCCGCCGGACUCGCAGCCCGCCUACAGUCCGCUGGGCGAGGCCCAUGGCAUGGCGAUGUCGGGGCGGGACCUCAUCUAUCCGGGUCUGCCGCCCAUGCAGCACCAGGCGAACCUGCUCCAAACGGAUCUGGGCCAAUAUGCCUCUCCUCCGCAGCAACAUCACUUUGCGCCUCCACAGGCUGAUGUCCGGAUCAAGCAUGAAUCCGGACUGAUCAUCAAUCCGGGCAACUUGCUGUGUCAGCAGCAACAGCAGCAGCAGAUGCAUCAACUGCAGCAGCAGCAGCAGCUCCAACACCAGAUCAAUGAGCAGCAGUUUGCGCCUCAUCAGCACCAGGAUGUGAUCCUCCAGAACCAUAUGCCGUACUACGAAAACGGAGGUGGUGCGGGGAUGUAUUCGGCCAGCAGCUACCAGAACCUGCCCACCUGCACUGUGACCUCCACCGUGGGCUUGGAUCGUGUCCAGGUGAUCGGGACCAGCCAGUUGUCGCUGAACCGUGUGUCCGCCCCAUCCACGCCCGUGCACUCUUUGUCCCGCAAGCGCAAGAUGUCCACGCAGCUGGAUUGUCCGGAGUUUGGGACGGCUCCCAAAGUGGAUGCGGGCCUGCAGAUGAGUCCCCUGCGCGCCUCCCACCACUCGCUGGCCACGCCCACUCCGGCGCCCUCCCACUGCUCCGCCUCCGUAUCGCCAGCCCUGUCCGCCGUAAAUUCGCAGGCGGACAACAGCCUGGACGGACAGCCCAGUGGGGUGGCCAACGGAUCGGGUUCGGGAUCGGGAUCGGGAUCCGGCAGCGAGGCAGGUGAUCCGGCGGGGGGCCAGUGCAUCCGGUUCAAUGGAUUCCAGCCGGAGAACUGGCACAAGCUGUUCGACCAGAGCCUGCAGGAGCUGUCUGUGAUCUACUACCGCGUGGAUGCGGACAAGGGCUUCAACUUCAGCGUCUCGGACGACGCGUACGUGUGCCAGAAGAAGAACCACUUCCAGGUUACUUGCCAUGCGCGCCUCCAGGGCGAUGCCAAAUUCGUGAAGACACCGUCCGGUUUCGAGAAAAUCAAAUCCUUCCACUUGCAUUUCUACGGCGUCAAGUUCGAGGCGCCCAACCAGACGAUCCGCGUGGAGCAGAGCCAGUCGGAUCGCUCCAAGAAGGCCUUCUAUCCCGUACCCAUCGAUCUCCAGAAGCACAUCGUCAGCAAGAUCACCGUGGGCCGCCUGCACUUCUCAGAGACGACGAACAACAACAUGCGCAAGAAGGGUCGUCCCAAUCCGGAGCAGCGCUUCUUCCAGCUGGUCGUGGGUCUCCAUGUGCACACCAUUUCCGGCAACUUUCCGGUGGUGAGUCACGGCAGCGAGAAGAUCAUCGUCCGUGCCUCGAAUCCGGGUCAAUUUGAGUCCGACGUGGACCUGUGCUGGCAACGCGGCCUCACCCCGGAUUCCGUGGUCCACACGGGUCGCGUGGGCAUCAACACGGACCGUCCGGAUGAGAGUCUGGUGGUCCAUGGCAACCUCAAGGUGUCCGGCCACAUCGUCCAGCCGAGCGACAGUCGCGCCAAGCAGGAGAUCGCCGAGCUGGACACGUCAGUGCAGCUCCGUAAUCUCCAGAAGAUCCGGAUAGUGCGAUACCGCUAUAUGCCGGAAUUCGCAGUGCACUCGGGUCUCCGGCGGGCGAGCGACACUCGGGAGAUCGAGGACACCGGCGUGAUUGCGCAGGAGGUGCGAGAGGUGAUCCCGGAUGCAGUGCAAGAGGCUGGCAGUGUGGUGCUGCCCAACGGUAAUGUCAUUGAGAAAUUCCUGCUGGUCAAUAAGGACCGCAUCCUGAUGGAGAACAUCGGAGCCGUGAAGGAGCUGUGCAAGGUGACGGGUUCGCUGGAGUCGCGCAUCGAGCACCUAGAACGUGCCAACAUUGGCCAAAACAGCCACCAACUGCGUGCCAAGGAUCUGCUGGAGCCGCGCUGCAUCCUGCCGGAGCGAGGAGCACCCAAGCCCUUCGGCAGUCGGCGGGACGGAUAUGAGGUCUGCUCCAGCCGCUCCCUGCAGAUCGUCAUCUUCCUGCUGAUCAUCGUUAUGGCAGCCUGCCUGGCGGCGGUGUCCACGUUGUACUUCGUGGAGCACAACAAGCAGCAGCAGAUGGAAGGCUACCCGAUAAUUGGCAACGGAGUCUUUCGACCGGAUGCGGGGCAAACGCACCUGAGCGACGAGCAGAAGCACUACUUCCACACGUUCUUCAAAAACAAGACGCACUCGUGGCCCACUCGGAUAGCACUCGUGACCAGCACCGCCCGACCGCCCGGAUCCCGGCCAGCGGAGGAGGAGGCGGUGGACCUGGCCGCGGUAUUGAUCAAGCCCCAGGUGUCCACUGGCCAGCUGCAGCAGAAUAACAAGCACGUGCUGAUCACAACGUCAGCUCCGCGUUUCAGCAACAAGACCAUCAACAGCAAGAAGGGCAAGUGGCCGCCCACCCAGGAGGUACUGCGUCAGGCGGCGGGUCAAAAGUUGCACCUAGCACAGCCGGUCCAUGUGGUUCCUCCUGCUCUGGCCAAGGUCCAUCCUCCCGCUGCCCCUAACGGCACACUGACCUCCACGGAGAAGCCAUCGCAGGCUAUUCUCUUGCCCCAGGAUUUUGAAAACAACUCCAUCGACAUCGAUGCCCAGCAGAAGCAGUCGCAGCUGAAACUGGACGAGCACAUCGUGGUGGUGGGCACCAUCGCCAGUCCCGCCUCCGAUGCCUAUGAUUCCAAUUCCCCAGCUGCUGCUGCACAUCCCAUUCGCAAAUUCAACCCCGGCACCGUUUAUACCCAUGUCUACAAGACGGUAUCACCACCCACGUCCAACCUGGCCCUGACCACCAAUAAGGUGAGCACCGAGCCCGCCCAGAGUCCACUUGCCCAGGCCCUGGAUGUUCCGCCGCCGGCGAUUCCCCUGCGUAACAGCAGCGACAAUCCGGAUGCCCUCGACCUGCAGAACCUGAGCAACACCAACGAGUCCGUGGACAACCCCAUCACCGGGGUGUAUGGCUUCGAGUACCAGGGAUCGGGUUUGAGGGAGUCCAAUGUGGGCAGGCGGUCAGCCAGUCAACGGAGUCUGGAUUGGAUCCGGCAGAAGAGAAUCAAGGCGGCGCUGUUUGGACAGCCAGCAGAGUGCAAUGGGGAUGAGUCGGUCAGCGAUAAUUGCCAGUCCGUGUGCUUCGAGGAACUGCCACCGAGUCAGCCUGAGCCGGACAAUGUGGAUGCCAAUGUGAAGGAGCAGCAUGUCGAGGACGAUCUGCAGUCGGCUGAAGAGCAGGAGCAGGAUUCGGACAUCAUAGAGCCGCAAUCUGCCACCCUAGUUGGCAAUGAAACCUCUGCUGUUCUCGAUGGCCAGCCAGGAUUCCUGGGCAAAAGUUCGCAUAGCACCGAUGCCCUGGCCAAGAAGUUCCCCCAGGAGACGGAGACGGCGAUCGCAGCCAAGGACGAUCCAGUCUACCGGCUGGUGCAGGCUGCCUCUGCUCAGGAUCAAGUGUCCAAGGGCGAUGAGACGGUGCUACCGCCCUUCCAACUGGACUGCUGGAGCGUGAGCAGUUGCGUCCUGGCCGCCCAGUAUAACCACACCAUCGACGUGGAGCAGUUCUGUCCCACCUCGGGCACUUCCCUCAAUGUCAGCUAUAUAGUUCCCGUGUCGCGUUAUCUGCAGGCCAGUAGCCUGGAGCUCCAUCUGAGCUCCAACAAACCUCUGCAGUGGUCCAUCUGCAUCGACGAUGAUCAGGCCAAGCCCAGUGCCAACGCCCAGCUAAAUGAGGAUGAUGAGGCCACGGCCACCAGCGGAGUGAAGAUCCUCAAGCAGCAGGGCAAGAAUAAACUGAGCCUGGCUUUGGAUCUGCCCGCUCGCGGAUACUUCCUGCGCGACUUUAUGCUCCGCGCCAGCCACGACUUGGAGCAGUUGCAGCAAAAACUUUGCGACGACAGCGCUCACCUGGCAAACCCCAUACUCCAGUACAACUUUAGAAUCGUAAGAGAUUGUGAUUAGUUUACAGCUUAAUUUAUGACACGGAUCGAAUCUGAACUCCAAAAAUCUACGCAUAUGUGUAUGUACUGCAUGUUUGAAUGUUGCGGAUAUGUCCUGGCACCCCCAACACGGAAAACUCGUUUAAAUUAGGAAAAUGAGAAAAUGAUAUAAACUAAAACUGUUGAUCAGCGAGCGGAAGUUAAAAUGAAUACAUUUAUACGUAAAACAAAUCAUUAAUAAAUGCAAAACAAUUAUCGACCAUUUAAAUAAAAUAUGUAGAGAAAUCUUUUAAAAUGUUCUUUUAGUGGCUGGGCAAUGGAAAAAAGAGCAUUGAAAGCUUUUAAAUGGUAUUUAAUUUAAAAAGGGCUUUUAAAAUGUUUGUCGCUAUUCAAAUCAAAUGAGGUCAAAAAACAACGACUAUGAAUGAUUUAAGUUAUGGUUUUUGAAAAAUAAGUAUGUACAUCAACAGAAAUGACAGUUGAACCUUGGAAAUUACUAAAUAAAUAAUCUAUUCAUUUUAAGCAAGAUUUUUUAAGUAACAAACAUUCUAUGAGUAUUAGUUGAUUUAUGGCUGGGCAUCAUUAGAAUACUAUUUUAAAAUUAAUAAGUUAAUAUAAGAGAAACCUUCAAAUUUGACUUUAAAUGCAAAAACGGAAUACUCAAGACUUGAAGUUUCAAAGUUAAAGCUAAAACAAAUGAUGAAAGGUAAAUAAGCGACAGUGGUCACAAGCACUACUAAAUA